UCUUUCCCCCCAAAACUUCCCCCAAACUCUUCCUCUCCCCUUGAACCCUAACUCACGGCGGCAACCCUCUUCUUCUCACCUAACGGACGGCAACCCCCACUUCUCACCUAACCGGCGGCAGCCCUCUUCUCACCUAAGGGGCGGCUACAAACCCUAAUAUGAGAAUGAACCGUUCGACAGACAGAGGUAUGUCGAAAAGAAAACGAGGCGAACGUGGUAUUGCUUCUUUUUCAGGGAAGUAUCCAGAGGAACUAUAUUACAUUAAUUUCGAUGAAAAUAAUAAGCCGAUAGGUUUUACGCGUAAGAAAUUUAUGUCAUGGUAUGGAAUGAUGGUCCAACAUAUGUUACCAUAUCAUAUUGAGACGGGUAAAGUUGAUGACCGAUAUUUUGAGGAACUGUGGUUGGAAACCAAGAGGGCGUGGAAAAUUAUGGACAAUUGCGCGAAAGACUUUAUGAGAAAGAAAGCCGUGAAACUUGGCACAAAUUUUAGAAGUAGGCUUGCAACCAAAUAUGUAUAUAAAGGUUUGAAUGCUUGUCACAAAUAUACAUUUCUGGAUCCGGAUAAGUGGGAAGCCUUCGUUUUGGAACGAACAAGCGCCAAAGCAAAAGAUAAAAGUAAGAAGGCAAAAACGAGCAACGCCAAGAGAAAGUUCAUUCCCCACUUAGGGCGAAGUGGGUGGGCGGGUAUGGAAGAAAAGAAAGAUGUCAUAUGGCCACAACUUUUAAAAAAACAUGACAAUCUUAAGCACUUACAAAGUCAUCGUUCUAAGAUGUAUUUAUUGGGUUGUGCCGUACAAAACAAAAAAACCAAGUUGUAUGACCUUCCACCAGAUGCAAUUGAAGAUUUCAAACUAUUGUACGAAGAAGAGCAAAAAAUGAUAAAAGAUGGAAGUUUUUUUCUAAACAAGGAAGACCCACUAGUUCGCCUUUUGGGACCCGAGCACGGGGGUCGAGCGCGGACGAUAUCCGAUAUUAUAGGACAUACUAGGGUUCAUGGUGGAUUGUACAAAAAUGUGAACCAUGAUAGAGGCUGGGCACCACGGGUCGACACGGGCCCAACGUUUUGUGGCUCUAGUUACGGUUCUGGUGGAAGGCUCGUCGACUAUCCACCUAUUGAGAGCAUGACCCAAUGUGUGUUGCUAUUGAAUGUGGGCGACGACUCGCUAGUGGAGGUUGCUAAUGGUAUGGCAUGGCCAACCUCAGCGUCAGUCAUACAUCAUAAGCCAAUAAUGGAUGGCUGUGUCAAGGUAAAUGUGGAUAAGAUCGUUGAUAUGCACGGGAACUUGCCUGUCCAUAGCGUAACCAGGACAAAUGAAGUUAAGUAUGUUAAGGAUAUGUUUCAUGAGGUCGUUCAGUGGCCAAGACAUUUUCUAAAGCUCAUGAACAACGAGACGGCAAGCAAGUCAACUAGUGCCACAAGAAUGGCCUCGAGUGCUGGAUCACCAAGUUGUACUGGCGCCUCGCUACAAAUCCCUACUGAUGAUACUGCGAUGACGCCAUAUCAUCGUUCACAGGCUGAGGUUGUCAACCAAUAUCUAGAACUCCAAACUCAAGAUGUCAUGAUGCAACCUGAAGAAGUUCAAGGCUCUUUAAUGAACAUGAUAUUAAAUUUUGGUAAUCCACAAUCUGGUUUCCAAAAUCCAUUUGAGUUGCAUGCCUUAAAUCCCAAAUCAAAUCCCAAUCACGAGGCCAAUUCCGAACAGGAGCCCAAUUUUGAGACCGAGACCACCGAGUCCGAGUCCGAGUCCGAGUCCGAGUCCGAGGACGAGGACGAGCUUGUCACCAUGGUCGAGCCUGCAUUUGAAGAUCCCGCAUUAGCUCCAGCCUUAGAAUUAAUAAAGGGCAGACCUCAACCAGUUCAAGAUUUAGUUGACCAGUUAACAAUUCUCAUUGGUGAUAGAUAUGUCGUUCGGGUUGGUUCGCCUAAAGAGAUGUAUCCCGAGCAGGUUGUUGAGGCCAUUCCAUAUUCCGAAUUGUUACAAAUCUUUUUGAACGGCUGGCUUGAUGUCAGCUUAUUACAUUGGUUUGCGAUGCAUUUUUUUGAGAAGCCCAAUUGCCAAUGCGCUUUUCUUGAUCCGACGAAAAUCAAUGGUCCAAAAUGUAUCAAAGAACCUAAAGUUGUUGAGAAUCAUAUAAAAGAUAUAAGCUGGUUUCAUUCAAAGAAAAACUUCAUUCUUGCACCAUAUCUACAAGGUGGCCAUUGGUCGCUAAUAAUUCUUCAUCCUGCUUCCUAUCGUGGCUAUAUUGUUGACUCCAUGAGAAAUGGAAAGACCAAGAGAAGUUACACACUCGUCUCUAUAAUUAACAAAGUUUUUGGGAAGCGAUAUUUUAAGUGGGAAAUGGUACAGUGCAAGCAACAAGAAGACACCUGGGAAUGUGGCUAUAUGGUGAUUAAGCACAUCAAAGAAUUUGUCGAGCAUAUUCAAUAUGAUAUUGUUAAAGAGUUAUGGAAAGAAGAUGGGAAGCAUCCACAAUCAAAAAUUGAAGAAUUGGUCUUAAAGUUAAUGCCAGAAUUGAUUCACAAGGCGUUUAAUGGUCUGGAAUGAAAUCACUAAAAGCGUCUCAAGGCGGUUUCUACGGAUUCGGAUGCAUGGUUUGAAGUGAUCGGUUGAGUCGCAAGGGGUAUGAAGUCGUUUGUUUGACAUUUUUGGGUUGCAAACAUCUUUUAGCUUCAUUUGGAAAACAUGUCAAGAUUGUAUACGUUUUGUGUUUGAUUCCGGAAACGUUAUGUUUUGUGUUUAAUUCCGGAAACGUUAUGUUUUGUGUUUAAUUCCGGAAACGUUAUGUUUUGUGUUUAAUUCCGGAAACAUGCACUUGUUAUUUUAAUAUAAGUUAGAAUCUUUUGCUA